CACAUGGUCUCGGGUUGAGAGUUGAGAACUACUGAUUCAUGAUUCUGAUACCUUCUCAAGCCGCCUCACCCCCUGAAGAACCGUUCUGGCGGCGGAUUUCGAUCCCACUGGAACCUUCGCCGACGGUGGCAGGUCAUGGCGUUGCCUUCGAAGGCAACAUCUUCUUCCAUUUACAUUGAUGUUCGCAGUCUUCUUUGAGAUCAUUCAGCCGCCAGUUGUCCAAUCUAAAAGCCCGAAUGUGUGGUUUACUCAAUGUCCCUCUGUUUCAGAGCUUCAAAGGCUUUUACUGCAACUGCUGCACCCAUCACAGCUCUCAAAGUACGUCUUCUUUUUCCUUUCUGCUCCACUUUCUACAACUCUAGCUCCUCCAGUGUAGCUUCGAUUCCUGAGGUCCAAUACAGAGAACUUAUCUUCGACAUCGUUGAAGAGAAGCCUGGAGCUUUUUGUAACUGUAAUUGGGUAUCUGAUCAGUUUCGAGCUGUGGUGGCUGAACCCGAGUUGUUCGUUCGGGUCCUUAACUCUAUUCGAGAUAGACCCAAAAUCGCUUUACGCUUCUUUAGAUGGGUGGAGAGCCAACCCGAGUAUAAGGGAUCUGCAUUCGCACUUGUCGUUAUUCUUGACAUUCUUGCGCAGAAUAAUCAGAUGCGAUCGGCGUAUCGGGUUAUGGAAAGGGUGAUUAGCGGGAAUAUGCACGGAAUCUUGGACGUUUUGAUUAACGGGUGUGUGCCUUCGGAGGUAUCUGUCAAGCUUCUUGAUCUGUUGCUGUGGAUAUAUACAAAAAAGUCAAUGUUCGAGAAGUGCCUAUGUGUGUUUCAUGAAAUGAUUCAUAAUAAGCUGUUGCCAGAUGUGAAGAACUGUAAUAGGAUUCUCAGGACACUUAGAAAUAAAAGUCUGGUCAAUAAAGCAAGAGAAGUUUAUAAUUUAAUGACUGAAUCUGGUAUUAAGCCAACAACUGUCACGUAUAAUACCAUGCUGAGUUCAUUUUGCAAGGAAGGGGAAGUCCAGCAAGCUUUGGACCUUUUAUUAGAGAUGCAAGAAAGAGGGUGUCUUCCCAAUGAUGUUACUUAUAAUAUUUUGAUUAAUGGUUUGUCUAGCAAAGGGGAACUAGAUCAAGCUAAGGAAUUGAUUGAGGAGAUGCUGAAAUCUGGACUUGAAGUUUCAGCUUAUACGUAUAACCCUUUGAUCAGUGGGUACUGCAAGAAGGGACUGCUUAAACAAGCAUCUAUUGUUGGUGAGGAGAUGUUAAGCAGAGGAGUUUCACCUACUGUAGUGACUUACAAUACGUUCAUGUAUGGGUUUUGCAAGUGGGGAAGAAUGAUUGACGCAAGGCAGUAUUUUUCUGUUAUGCUGAAUAAGAAUCUGCUGCCGGAUUUAGUUUCAUACAACAUUCUAAUUUAUGGUUACUGUAGGUUGGGGAACUUAAAAGAAGCUUUUGUCUUAUUUGAUGAGCUACGAUGUAGGAAUUUUGUACCCUCUGUUAUCACUUAUAAUACCCUGAUAGAUGGUCUUUGCAGAUUGGGGAACUUGGAGGUGGCCCAAAAGCUUAAAGAAGAAAUGAUCAUUCAGGGGCCUAGUCCUGAUGUUUAUACAUUCACAAUUCUUGUAAGGGGAUCAUGCAUGAUAGGUGACUUGCAGAUGGCUAAGAAACUUUUUGAUGAGAUGCUUCAUAGAGGAUUGCUGCCAGAUUGCUUUGCCUACACGACUCGUAUAGUAGGUGAACUGAAACUUGGUGAUUUAUCCAAGGCUUUUGGUAUGCAAGAAGAAAUGCUAGCUAAAGGUUUUCCUCCUGAUUUGAUCACGUAUAAUGUCCUCAUAGAUGGGCUCUGCAAAUUGGGCAAUUUGAAAGAAGCAAAUAAACUUGUGAAGAAAAUGGUCCAUGAUGGACUUGUUCCAGAUCAUGUAACAUAUACUAGCAUCAUCCAUAUCCACCUGGCUGUUGGCCAUCUUAGGAGAGCUAGAUUGUUGUUUUAUGACAUGUUGAGCAGAGGAAUAUUACCUUCAGUAGUUACUUACACAGUUUUGAUUCAUUCACAUGCAAUUAGGGGAAGGCUUGAGCUUGCUAUUAUGUACUUUAUGGAAAUGCAGGAGAAUGGUGUUUAUCCAAAUGUGAUCACUUACAAUGCGUUGAUAAACGGUCUUUGCAAAGUGAGAAGGAUGGAUCAAGCGUACAAGUUUUUCACAGAGAUGCAAGUAAACGGUCUUUCUGCAAACAAGUAUACCUACACUAUUUUAAUCAAUGAGAACUGCAAGAUGGGUUAUUGGAAGGAGGCCUUAAGGUUGUAUAAGGAAAUGCUAGAUAAGGAAAUAGAGCCUGAUUCUUGUACACACAGUGCACUUCUGAAAUAUCUAAACAAAGACUAUAAAUUUCAUGCAAUUCAAUAUCUUGAGAAUUUGAUUGGAGGUGGCAAAUAAACUCUUGAUGUGAAGAUUUAAUGGAUCUGUAUGGGAUUCUUUCAUGGCUUAGAGUGAAAGGCAUGCCAGAAUAUGGACAGAUUUUGCCUCAUUAAGGUGUAAAUUGCUGCAGACAUAGAAAUGUAAAAUUUUCUGCUCAUCCUGCCAAGAUGAAGCUGCUGAUGGGUUUAUUUAUCAGUUAGAAGCGCUGACAUCAACAAUUUACAAUUCAACCAGAUUUUACAGGCAUUAUCAAUAAGGCUGAGCGGCAGCUACUAUGAAGUGUACAUUUUUGGUAUUUUUAUAAUCCAACCUAACUGGACUUGUAUUUUGUCAUUCUGUUUGUGUUAAAAUACCUUUUUUAUUUAAUGUCUGUGAUUCUAGGGAGUAGGGACAAAGUUACCAAAUAAAAUAAGAAUGAUCCUGGUUAUAUCUCAUGUAUUUGGAUAUAUAACUUGAUUGUUUUUCUGUUGUCAUAUUAUAAAUUUGAAUUAGUUUUUGGCCCCGUGCGAUGCAUGGGAUAAUUAUUGAUGUGGAUUUAACAUGGAUAAUUCACGUCAUCUUUUGUGGGUAUAAUAACCGUAUAGAUUAUUCGUGUUUCACUGUGUUUAAAUGCAUUUAGUUGCUCUUAAUGUGUGUGUGUAAAAAGGGAAAUAAAAAACUCUGAGUGGCUUCGGUUCUUUAAUGUUUGUAUUAAAGGUGAAUAGCAUAAGAUAGGAUGUGAGGUUUGUAAAUAAAGUCCAAUAACUAGAGUCCAGGCUCUUUUAAGUCUAACACAUGUAGGAUGCAUGGGUUGAAUUCUUUUUAAAAUUGAAUGUUGAAUAUAAUGAAUUAUUUCUGGUACAAUGCAAGGGAUGUUGUUAUAAUGAAAGAAAAUUUAAUCUUUCCAAAUUUCUGUGCAAAAUUUCUCAUAAUGGAAAAAAGGAGAUGAGUGAACUCAAUUUUAGAAACGAAACAGUAAUGUUUUAAAAGAGUAUUACUAGAAAUCACUCAUGAAGAACAAAUAAGAAUAAAGAGAAAUGAAAUGCUAAAAUAGUUUUUGGUUAUGAAAGAAUUUCGUUGGCAACAAAAAAAAUAAUAAUAAUUUCACCAUUAACAAUUCCAACUUAAAACCAAUGUUGUGCAUGUGCAUGUGAAUGUGUGUUUACCAAAAUUAAUUAAUUAAUUAUAUAUAAGGCAGGCCCAACUAAUUUGACAUGUUCCAAUAAAACGUUACCAUACACUAAGCCCACUCUACUAAACUCACAUUUCACAUUGAGCCUAUUCCAUUUAAGAUAAGGCUUGGAAAAACUACAAAAUUUCAGGACAACCAAGUGUGACCCGCAGGUUAAAUAAUAAAAUAAAUAAUAAUAAAGUGGUGAUGAUAUGUGGCUUCAGAUAAUCUUUCCAUGUAUUUUAGUCCUAUCUAUCUUGUAAUGUACUUCAAAUGC